AUGGAAAAUGAACACUCUAAUGAUAUUGUUUUCCAAGGUCAUACGGAUUCAGUAACAAGCUUAAGUUACAACGACCAACUUGAACAUGUCGUCUCAGUGAGUUGCGACCAAACGCUGCGCGUGUGGUCUCUCAAAACGAGGGAACAAAUAGGUAUCACAUCAAAACAUGCUACACAACUCAACAGUGUAAACAUAGACAGUAAUGGGUUAAAUAUUAUAUCAAGCGGGAUGGAUUUUAAAACCUGUUUGUUUGAUUAUGAAACUUUAAAACUCAAGUUUGUCCUACUGAACGGAGGUGCAGUUACUGAUCAUUCAAUCACCAAGAAUGGUAAUUGUUUGGUAUGUGUUACUGAUAUCAGCUGCCAAAUGAACUUAUGGGAUUUAAGAUGGCGAAAGAAAGUUUUUUCGAUUCCAGAUAUUCACGAAAAUACACCAACACGUUGUCUGUUUACUCCGAAUGAAAAUUGUGUAGUUACAACAUCAACAGAUGGAUCCGCAAAAUGCACAGACUUGCGAUCUCUCAAAACAUUACUGA